AUCAGUUGUAGUUAAUAUCUUGUGUUUUCAUGAAUUCAUCAGGACAUAAGUACCAUAAAAAUAGUUCAUUAAUAGUAAACUGAAUUGUUUUAAUGAUGUUUAAAAAUCUAUUUGUGCCUUUAAGAUUGGUUUUCAGUAAAAGACUUCCAUUAAAAUUUAGCUCUUCUACUAUCUCUACGAAAACAUUAGAGAAUGAGGACAGAGGGAUAACAAUUGUUUCAUUAGACAACUCUAAAACAAAAAAUUCAUUAAAUAAAGAAUCAGUACAAAAUCUUAGUAAUGCUUUUGAAGAAAUUUCAACUGAUUGUAAUACAAGAGUGGUUAUAAUAAGAAGCUUAAUACCAAAAGUGUUCUGCGCAGGGGCUGAUUUGAAAGAAAGGCUGACAUUGAGUGAUGGUGAAAUAAAAUUGUUUUUGAAUAAGCUAAAUGAACUUAUGUUCAAAAUUGAAGAAUGUCCAGUACCUGUGAUUUCAGCAAUAGAUGGAGCAGCUUUGGGAGGUGGAUUAGAAAUGGCUUUGGCUUCUGACAUUAGAAUCGCAUCAGAAGAUGCAAAAAUAGGUCUAGUUGAAACAAAGCUCGCUAUUUUACCUGGUGCAGGAGGUACUCAGCGAUUAACUAGAUUAGUGGGUUCAUCUCUAGCAAAAGAACUAAUUUUUACAGCUCGCAUUUUAAACGGAAAACAAGCGAAAGAACUUGGAAUCGUGAACCAUGUGACAAAAGAUCCUGAGACAGCAUUUGAGAAAUCUUUAGAAAUAGCAAGAGAAAUUUUACCAAAUGGACCGUUAGGAGUUAAAUUUGCAAAACUAGCAAUAAACAAAGGUAAAGAAGUCGAUAUUUAUCAGGGUUGUGCUAUUGAGAGAUUGUGUUAUUCUCAGGUAAUACCAACAAAAGACCGAUUGGAAGGACUGAAGGCAUUUGCAGAGAAACGAAAACCAGAUUAUAAAGGAGUAUAGGAAAAGUAUUUUAGAGCUUUAAAUUAUUAUGAAAACUUAAGACUUAAAUGAAUCUCCAACUUUAUUUUUGUAUUUUGAUUAAUACAAUAUAUCUCCUUGGAUUGAAAUACAAAAAUUUUGGAUUCCUUCAAGAGAUUUAUUGAAUAAAUAAAACAAUUUUAAUUUUUUCUGAUUAAUCCAUGAAAAUAAUAAUCCCUGAAUCCAUUCAACUAGUAGAUAUAACACCAAAGAGUAAUUGCGACAAAGAAAAUAAAUAAAGUAUUACUGCUAAGAAACAUUUAAUGUUUAUCAAAUAAAAACUAAUUUGACUAUCUAACUAGGUUGCAAUAAGCAGAAAAAAAUUCUUAAGCAUAUUAAAAAGUAAACAAAAAAAGAGACUAAAGCUUGCUUAAUAAUAACACACAUUAUCAGUAAAAGAAUGACACAUAAAAACACAAAUACAACUAUAUAAUAAUUAUAAUGCAGAUUUUUUGAAAAUGUCACAUUACAGCAUUAAAAGACUAAGCUCUUUAAUAGUAAUUAUAUAAAGCAAUGUUUCAAUAAUAACUUUCAAAAUAAACAACGGAUUUUGUACAUAAUGUAUUAACCCUCUAAGGAUCCCACACAGUUUUAUUUUUUAAAUUAACAUAUAAAGAAAUCCUAGAAGAUUAAUCAAGUUAAAUGACUUUUACUGUUAUUGAAUAUUUGGAAUAGAACAGGAAAUAAUAAUGGGCCUUUUCGAUAAUAUAAAAAUCUAUUUUUUAAAUUAAAAAAUGAUGCUGCGGUUCUUUCGGGACCCAUUCUUAUUAUACAUGAGCUUUUUAAAAUAUAUUUUUUGAAUGUUUGGUUAUUAUUGAAAAAAUUCCAAACCACACAGCAUUAUUUCUCCAAAAUGCAGGCAAAGAAAAAAAACUGUUAAUGUCUCGCAAAUUCAGGCAUCAUCAGGAAAGAAAAGAAACAGCUAAUACUGAAGAGUAUGCGAUUGGAUUUCAUGGCAUGAUGUUCGAUUAGCUGUUUCUUUUCUGUCCUCAUAAUGCCUGAAUUGUUGACGGGUUUUUUCUUCGCCUGCAUUUUGCAGAGAUAAGGCUGUGUGGUUUGGAAUGUUUCCAAUAAUAACAUAACAUUUAUGUUCUGUCUCUUGGUUAUUUUGUUACUAAUUUAUAACAAUAUUUUUUAAAAAUAUUUAAUAAAAUUACUACUAUAAAAUUAAUAUAAUAUAUAAAUAUAAAAAGAAACUACUUAUUUCUUGUAUAAAAAAACAUUCCUCAUAAUUUUUUACAAAUAACUAGAUAAAACAAAAAAGGAAACAAACGAAGUAUCAGGGCAAUAUUUGAACAAACAUUUUUUAUUUGAUGACAUUUAAUUUUAUAUCAUAUAAGAAUCUAUAACCAUAUCAAAACUUCUUAUAACAACUUCACUUGCUGUACGUUUGUUAUGUAUCUUCCCUAAUAAAGGCUGAAUGGAAUACAAUGGAAGAUAAUUGACCAUUAAUUUUAUAAUACAACUUUUUGGUAAAUUUUCAUGCUUUAAUAAUUAUUUCCAUCCCCAAACCCU